GCCGGGUCCUGUGACUUGCUUGUGCUUUACGCAGUUUGAAGCAGGGGCUGAAGGCAGCGGUGGGUGGUCCUGCGUUCUCUGUCUCCGUUGCUGCCUAUCCCUUUUCUCAAAGAUUUUCCCUUCCUUCUUCCCUUCUGCAAACCCUGUCACAGAGAUGUAAAGAGCCGCCUUUUUCACUGACCCGCUGGCGUCCCUCGGACCAGGCCCCCACCCAGCUGUCCUCCGCGGGUUCUGAGCAUCCUUGAACUUAACCCCGUCCCUGUGCCUGCCCCUGCUGAGCUGAGGUCAUGGCUCGGCUCUGGGUCUGCGUGGGGGCCGCCACCUUUUUCCUUGUCCUUUUGGUUUUCCAUUCCCGCUUCUGCAUGUUGCCGGACUUAGAAACCUUUGCUUUCUUGGUUCCCUGGAGGAUAGAGAAACCUCUUUACCGUCUGGAUGUAGGGUGGCCUCAAAAUCCAGAGUAUUUCACGGGUACAACAUUUUGUGUGGCAGUAGACUCUCUUAAAGGAUUGGUUUAUGUAGCACAGAGAGGGGAUAACAUACCAAAGGUAUUAGUGUUCACAGAGGAUGGAUAUUUCCUACGAGCCUGGAAUGACACUGUUGACACACCUCAUGGUAUCUUUGCAACCAGUACCCCAUAUGAACAAUCAGUCUGGAUCACGGAUGUAGGAAGUGGAUCCUAUGGACAUACAGUGAAAAAAUACAACUCCUUUGGUGACCUCAUUCAAAUUCUGGGUACCCCAGGCAAAAAAGGGACUGGUAUAAACCCAGUCCAGUUUGAUAACCCAGCAGAGAUAUAUGUGGAAGACACUGGAGAAAUUUACCUUGUGGAUGGAGAUGGAGGAUUGAAUAACAGACUGCUUAAAUUGACGCAAGAUUUUGUGAUGCAGUGGAUUCGUGGGGAAAAUGGAUCAGGUCCAGCUCAAUUCAACAUUCCACAUAGUGUAACAGUUGAUUCAACUGGUCGGGUAUGGGUUGCUGACAGAGGAAACAAAAGAAUCCAAGUAUUUGAUAAAAAUACAGGGGAGUGGUUGGGAGCUUGGAGUGAUUGUUUCAAAGAAGAUGGCCCUUAUUCUGUCAGGUUUACUCCUGAUGAGAAAUACCUCAUUGUUGCCCAGUUGAAUAUCAACAGGCUCACUCUGUUGUCUGCCCCCCCUGUAGGGAACAUUGGGAACUGUGUUGUGGUAAGCACAGUCCAGCUGGCCAGUCAAGUGUCACCACAUCUUGUAGACGUUGAUAGGAGGACUGGAGCAAUCUAUGUGGCAGAACUUGGGGCAGAACAAGUUCAGAAAUAUGUCCCUUUAAAAUAACUAUCUUCCUUCACUUAGAUAUUCAUAAAUUUACUUUUCCUAAGGAAUGACCAUUGUAUAUGAUUCAGUGAAAAGCUCUUGUGAUUUUUUCAUUCAUGUCUAAAUGUCUAAGAAUUUAGUGUUCCAGCAUAGUCUUUUUUUUUUUUUUUUUUUUUUUUUUAGGCAAUGGGGGUUAAGUGACUUGCCCACGGUCACACAGCCAGUAAGUGUCAAGUGUCUGAGGCCGGACCUGAACUCAGGUACUCCCGAGUCCAGGGCCGGCGCUCUAACCACUGCGCCAUCCAGCUGCCCCCGGCAUAGUCUUUUUUAAAAAAAAUGUUUGUAUUAAUAAUCAUUGAAUCCAGAUAUUUUGUAGGUACCAUCAUGUCUUAGCUUUUCUUGUUUUAGAUUAAAGGGUAAUUUAAGGAAGAAAAUGUGAUUCCAAAGAAUUGGGAUGAAAAGGUACAUCAUUUUGAUGUUGAACCAAAUAGCUUUCCCCUUGAAGGUUGCCUUUGGGUGGGGAAUAAUGAUAUAGGUAUGAGUCAAAGGUUAUUUGUUAAUGCUUUUCAAAAAGAAAAAAAAAAGCUGCAAGCUUCAAACUGCUAUGAUCCUUGUUGGCAAGUGAGAUUGUUAAGCAGGAGAUGUGAAUUUUAGGACAUCAAAAGUAUGCUAUUGAACUCAUUUUGCUUCUUUGGCUAUGAACUAUAUCAUUUAAUUCUUUUAACGUAAUAAUAUAGUAGAAUCUAUGCAUUUUGCCACAAAAGAUUUCAAAAAUAAAAGGUUGAAAGUUAUUGCUUCUAAGGUCAGUUCCCUUGGUGACCAUAGAAGGUGUAAAAGGAUUAGUACAUGUCUACCUCGGAGAGGUGUUGGGAGAAUAUGCUGGUGUUUGUCAAAAAGUAUGAGUUGCUGAACUCAGUUGUUUUUUCCCCUUUGUGUUUUUAUUUCUGCAUCAUUCAUGUGAUCUACCAACUUUUGAUUAUAACCAAUUUUUGGUUUAUUCUGGUUUAUUCCAGUAUUUGAUGGCUGGCAUAUUUCUUAGCUAAUGACCUUUCCCUGUUAUUAUCAUAUACUCCCUCAUCACUUGGCAGUACUGAUUAUCUACCCUGAAUUAAUUACAGCAAAUGUUUACUCUCUGGGUGUUUUCCCUCACAUGUCAUCACAUAUCUCAUCCAGCUACUCUCUGAGACCUCUGUUAGUUUUUCAGAAUUCUAGUUCAUUUCGCUGUUGGUCUAAGUAAAAUAUAAUUAAUAAGGUAAAUAAAUCUCUCCAUAGAUGAAUUUAAAAGGCAAAUACAAAUGAUUCUAUGAGUCAUUUAACCCUGGUUUAACCCUAGUAAUCCUAAAUUAAGAGUUGAUGGGUCAGUAUUUUGUUUGCUUUUUUCCUACACUUUAUUUUGGCAUAUUUUUUGGAAUAUAAUUUGCACAAAUCUAUGGACUGGAUGAUUUGGAAGCUCGUUUCUUUUCAGCACUUGGCACUGUAACUCUCUUUAGCACACCAUACUAAUUAUCUUAUAACUUUGAUAGUCAUCAGCACCCCUGGAACCACAAAUCAUCUUUUUUUCCUCUGUAUGACUUUAUCUGGCAUAAAAUCACAUAAGGGUUGGUCUUAUUUCCAAUCAGCUUAAGGGUAUCCUGGAUGCUACUGGGAUAAUUAAAUUUAAUAUAGCUUCCUUGAUUACCUAGGAACAAUAUCAAUAAAUAGUCAGUGAUAUGAUAUAAUUUCUAGCUUCCAGACUAAUCUAGUACUUAGCUUAAUGAUUUUGAAAUUGCAGCUUUCUCACAAUUUUACCAAUUCCCUUUCUAUAUAUGGGAGGCAGCAUGAGGGGAAUGUUGGAGUUAGAAGGCUGAGAUUAAGUGUGGACUCUGACCAGCAGAGUCCAUGAUGACACACUAACCAUGUGACUAAAAGUAUAGACACACUCAAAAUACUUGUAUGGUUAUGAGCAAUUCACUUACCCUUACCGAGCCCUAAUUUCCUCAUAAAAGAAAAUGGAAAUAAAAUGAUAUUUUUACUACCUACCUCACAAGGUUGUUUUGAAUAAAGUGUUUUAUAAACCUUAAAACCCUAUAUAAAUGUGAAUUAUCUAUAGAUUAUCUUUGGAAGUUAUCUUGGCCAGAAUAUAGUUAAUAACCCAUAAAUUGGCUCCCUUAUUGCAGCACAGACACGUGACUUUUUAGAGAGUAAACAUUGGUGAUUUUUGUGGGUCAUGUUAUUCUUUAGUGCCAUGGUCAAAUUUAGAACUCUAUAAACUCAAGACCUAAUGGAAGAAGUUAGGACCAGGAAAUUCAAAUUUAGUCCUGUCGUUUUAGCUAGCUUUUGUGUUUGAGCAAGUUGCAUCUUUAGAUCUUUUCCUCUUCUGUCAAAUGAGUCAUAAAAUAGUGGCUUUCAAGUUGGAAGAGACCAAAUGAUAUCUUCCCUCCUGAUUUAGGAGAAUGUUGUUUGGGUCAAGUGAUAUCAUGUAGAUAAUAAAAGCACUUUGAAAAGUUUUAAAGCACAUGUGCACCUAUGCAAAGAAAAAGAUAUUGUAAUUAUGUGAAUAGAUAACAUUUUAAUGCCAUGUCAUUGGUAUCUAGUAAUUUAUGAGAAUUCAUUUGCUUUUAUUGCUUUCAUCAAAAUGGAGUCCCUUUCUCAGCCUCAGUAUUAAUAAUGCCAUUAGUAUUUCUCUCACAGGAUUGUUGAAGAUCAAGUGAAAUAAUUCUAGUUAUCUCAUUUUGGAAUCUAUAUACAGAUAAAUGCCUGUUGAUUGAUUUUGAUGGGGUUGGUUUGGACUUUUGUUGCAGGAGGAGACGGUUGUUAACAACUCGUUUUGUAAUUCUUAAUCACAUUUGAUAUUGUACACCAGAUUUCUGCAGAUAACUUGCUAAUAAAAUUUUUAAUCAACUU